GCUUUUUUGUCGUUGACCAUGUCUUCUAAAGGUGCCUUGAGCAGUCGCCAUCAGAAGUUCGCAGCGAUGGUCAAGGACGAGGAUUUACCGGUGUUUGACAAGGUCAAGGCAUGGUUUGACAUUGCGAACGAAGAGGGCUAUGAUGGUCACGAUGCUAUAAUAGCAAAGACGCUGAAGCUCGAAUCAGUCACUUAUGAGCCGACCAAGAGCAAUCCCCACAAUUCUCGCACGGUCUACAGCUUCACUGUCCCGAGGCAGCUAUGCAACAUGGGCGGAAACCUACAUGGAGGAGCAGUAGCUCUUAUCUUCGACAUCACCACCUCCACGGCCAUUACUGCUUGUAGUAAGGAUGGAUUCUGGGAUACUGGACAUGUAUCUAGAAACCGUCAACUGUGUUUACCUGCGCCCUGCUCCUGAAGGCGCGAAAGUGUUUGUCGAAAGCUGGGUGGUGCAUCUAGGCAAGCGCAUGGGACUCACCAUGGGUGUCAUGCGGCUGGACUCGGAGGAUGGGAAGGUUUGCUAUACGUGCGAACAUGGGAAAGCUUCGGUCGGAAGUUCCAGCUUGUAGAGCGAUGAAGUGGUGGGGUUGCGAUAUGCUACAGUAUAUGCACAUGCACGUUCAAUACCUCUAUAGCUGAUAGCUAGUAAGAAUGAACAUCAGUCGAAGGAAAAGA